CCAAAUACUCUUAUCGAAUAUAUUAAUACAGAAUAAGCGAGUCCCAUUGCAACGUUCAUAUCUCGAUACAUCUUACUGGAUCGGUUAAUGGAUAGUUGGCAAUUCUUGUCGACCGCCCUCGAUUCGUCGCAUCACCCGCAUGCACGCGCCUCACAACACAUACCAGCCAACCAAAUUCCGCAGUCUUCGCUCGAUGCAGCUGGCCUAUCACGAAGCACCCAGCCGAAUUGACAAUUCAGAGCUCUUCCCAAAAGUAACCUUAGUUUCCAAGGAAACUUCUGACAACCCGCAGCGGCCCAGCCUUGCCCUUUGCACCAAAGGAGAUGAGCUUGAGCGACCUUAGGCCGAGAAUACCGCGUGUUCUCGCGCUCCGUGCUCUGACUUCGCUAUCGUUUCUCGAUACCCAAGCUCCGGCUUAGAUAGGUACCUAAGACAGAUAAUAGCUAUUUGAGAUUACCUAGUAGACUAGACUAGGCCCGUCUACCUAUGAUUACCGUGUAGCUGCAAUCACAGCAGCCGCACAACCAAUGCCCCCACGGCGCAUAUCAGUCCCUCCACGGCGUCGCGCGAGGCGGCCCGAGACCCCGCCCCCGGCAUACACAGAACACGACAUGAACUCGUCGGCGCCCUACGAGCAGGACGGCGGCGCCGCCACCAUUGCCACCGUCACGGACGUCGGCCUGGGCUUACCCGCCGUCGUCAGCAGCCCGCGCUGCCAAUCGACGUUCUGCUACCGCACGGUCACGGUGGCGAGCCACUACUGCCGCAAGCACGAAUGCAACGUGAGCGGGUGCGUGGCGCGCCGCGAGAAGGGGCGCGGCAAGCGCUUCUGCGCGAGCCACCAGUGCCGGUGGCGCGGCUGCGACGGGCCCAAGGCUCACCCCUCGCACUACUGCGUCCGCCACACGUGCGAGGCCGCGGGUUGCAACACGCCUAGUCCCGAGGAAGGGUACCGGUUCUGCGACGCGCACACGUGCAAGAUCCAGCGGUGUCCCGGGCGCCGCGAGGCGCCGUCGAAGUAUUGUGGUAAGCACCGGUGUAGAGCGGAGGGGUGCGCGAGGCCGUUCGCCAAGGCGAGCGAUUUUUGUACGGAUCAUAAGUGUGAGGUUGAUCGGUGCCGGGCGGCGAGGAGGAGCGGGAGUAACUUGUGCGCGCGCCACGAGUGUUCUGUUGAGGAGUGUAGUGGGCGCAGGUUCGAGAAGAGCCAGUAUUGCGGCGCGCAUAAGUGUGUCACGAAGGGGUGCGUCGACCCGCAGAUCCGCGAUUUCAGACAUUGUGAAAAGCAUAAGUGCCGCUCGUGCGAGCGGCCGUGUAUCCCCGAGAGCGGCUUCUGCCGCCGCCAUAAGUGCUGGAAGGCGCGGUGUCUCGAGGCCCGCGCCGAAGGGUCGACGUGGUGUCCGCGCCACGUGUGUCAGUGGGACGCGUGCGUCGAGCCCGCGCUCCGGUGCGAUGGGUUCUGCGGCGACCACACGUGUUCGGUGGGGGAGUGCCUCGAGAGCGCGUACAAAACGGAGGACACUACCAGUGAUUACUGUCAGAAUCAUACCUGCGCCGAAGAAGGCUGUCUCCAGAAGACUUCGAAAGCGGCGUAUUGCACACAGCACGAGUGCCAACGGCGCGCGUGCCCGGACUCGCGGUUCUGGGAUGACGAACAGGGCGGAAGGGAACAUGCGUGUUGCAAGACUCAUACGUGCGACCACAAGGAAUGCUACGCUCCGACCGUCCGUAACAGAGCUUUCUGCGAGAACCACAUUUGCUCAUUUAGCGACGGUUGCUUGCUACCCAGGGCGCCGAGUUUGGGGUGCUGUGAGGCCCACAAGUGCUAUGAGGAAGGAUGUCGAGAUCCUUGCAUUCUAAACAGCUUAUUCUGCAAAGCCCAUGCCUGUAAGAGAGGCGGUUGUACCGAGGGUCCCAUAGCGGGAGGCCGGUUCUGCACGCGGCAUUCCUGCGUUCAGCCCGGUUGCGUGGAACGUGGUGGUGACGGCGGUUUCUGUAAGGAACAUGUGUGUGUCUGGGAAGUAGGCUGUCUAAACGGUCGCGGCAGUGCAGAACAGCUUUACUGCGAAUUACACACGUGUACGCAGCGGGAUUGCUACGAGAGAUGUAAAGGGGCCCGCGGCUUAUGCGCCGUGCAUGCGUGUCACUGGAGUCAGGCCUGUAUAAAUACGCCCAUCAACUCCGGCGACUUCUGCCAACGGCACACCUGUGUCAAAGACGGAUGUGCCAGAGCUAGCGUGGUUGAGGAUAGUCUGUGCGGCCGCCACGCUUGCUCUUGGAAUUCGUCGAUCUGCCUUAAGCCGCGAUGGAAGCGAAGCAGCUUUUGCGAGGACCACACGUGCGGGGAGAUGGGUUGCGGAUUCUCUCGGGUCCCUGGCGGAUCGUAUUGUCCUGACCAUUCCUGCCAAGCGUCCACGUCCUGCAAGGGGCAGGCGGAGAUGGGAAGCGACUAUUGCAUUGACCACAAGUGCAGCAGGCCGAACUGUAGACUGAAGAGCGUGGGAGGUACGCCGUUUUGCAAGAACCAUAAAUCUCUAGGUCCCCCUAUAGGGAUCCACGACCUAGCAAGCCUGCAAAGCUUUCGAUCGCGAAGCCCGUACGGGUUCAUCGACCCCUUAGUCGCUGCAUCCCUUACAGAUAUGAGGCCACCAAGGGCAAAAACUCCAAAACACAUUUCCAAGCAACGGCAAUGGGUAUAAGAUAGUGUAUCAAUCUUGUUGAUUAUUCGCGUUAGGAUGUUGGUUUAGACUGUACGUACAAGGGAUUCAUUUUCUGGAAACUAAUGACUGUUAUGUACUACGACGGGUUCACAGCUUCUACGAUUGUUCAUUUUUGGGGGGCAUGAGACAUAUGUCAGCAUUAGCAUUUGCAUUGACACGAUAUGAGACUAUGAGUA